ACUCCUCCUCGGCCGCGCCCCUUCUACACACACGGCAUCUAACAGGAAGAAAAACCCUUUCAAAGCAGUGAAUGAACAGCUCGGUUCGGCUCAUUCCACACUCAGACACGGACGUUUGGACGGAGGCACAGCCACCAUGCUGAUUAAAGAGUUCCAGAUUGUCCUGCCCAUCUCAGUCGAGGAGUACCAAGUGGGGCAGCUGUACACAGUAGCAGAAGCCAGCAAAAAUGAGACAGGAGGAGGAGAAGGUGUGGAGGUUCUGAAGAACGAGCCAUACGAGGAGAAUGGAGAGAAGGGGCAAUAUACCCAUAAGGUCUACCACCUGCAAAGCAAAGUGCCAGCGUUCGUCCGCAUGAUCGCUCCAAAAGGUUCUCUUGAGGUCCACGAGAAGGCCUGGAAUGCAUAUCCCUACUGCCGUACAAUCCUUACAAACGUCUAUAUGAAAGAAAAGUUCAUGAUCAAGAUUGAGACGUGGCACAAGCCUGAUAUGGGUGAGCAAGUGAAUGUACAUAAAGUGGAGAAAUGGGAUGCAGUUGAAGUUGUUAAAAUUGACAUUGCAGAUAACAGCUGCAUCAGUGAAAAGGACUACAAAAAGGAAGAAGAUCCUGCCAUCUUUAAGUCAGAGAAGACAGGAAGAGGCCCUCUGAAACCUGGGUGGCAGAAUGAGCUUGCCAACAGCAAAAACUGUCCUCACAUGUGUGCCUACAAGUUAGUCACUGUUGAAUUCAAGUGGCUGGGACUACAAAACAAGAUGGAGAGCUUCAUUCAAAAAGUGGAAAAGCGUUUGUUUACCCACUUCCACAGGCAGCUGUUUUGCUGGAUUGACAAAUGGAUUGAGGCUUAG